CACUCUCUUCUCACACUUCACUUCCCAUGCACAUUCUCACACCAUUUUUUUUUUCCUAAAAAAUAAACAAAAUAAAAUUAUUUUUCCACCCUCCUAUUUAUUACAUAUCUGUCCUCUUCUUCUCUUCCUCUUUAUAUAUCACUCUUUCAUUCUCUCUCCUUCACUACCACCAUUCUCUCUCCUCCGCUUCAUCCUUCACAUUUUCAUAUACAUAAACAAAGCAGUUAGUUAUACGAAAAUAAAUAAACGUGGUACUCCCGCAGAUUUAUUGUAAUAAAUAAUAUUGAGAGGAGAUAGUUUAUUAUUACAUUAUGGAACCAUUUAUGAUGUUGGUGAUUGUAUCGUUGAUCACGGCGUACUUGAUCUGGUUUCGAUCGAUCAAGCGGCCGUUGAGUGGUCCAACGGUGUGGCCGUUGGUGGGGAGUUUGCCGGGGUUGAUAGAGAAUGCAAACCGUAUGCAUGAGUGGAUUGCGGAGAAUCUCCGCACGUGUGGUGGCACGUACCAAACUUGCAUCUGUGCGGUGCCCUUUUUGGCGCGGAAGCAAGGUUUGGUUACUGUCACGUGUGACCCUAAAAAUCUUGAGCAUAUUCUCAAGGGUAGAUUCGACAAUUACCCUAAGGGUCCUACGUGGCAGGCGGUUUUUCAUGAUUUGCUCGGAGAAGGGAUCUUUAAUUCUGAUGGUAACACGUGGCUUUUUCAGAGGAAGACCGCCGCGUUGGAAUUUACGACUCGGACCCUCAGGCAGGCUAUGGGCCGGUGGGUGAACCGGGCGAUUAGAAACCGGUUUGUCCCGAUAUUGAAGGAGGCUCAGGUUGAGGCUAAACCGGUUGAUCUUCAAGAUUUGUUGCUCCGGCUCACUUUUGAUAAUAUUUGUGGGUUGGCGUUUGGUCAGGAUCCACAAACACUUACCCCCGGUCUACCCGAAAAUAGUUUUGCAAUGGCGUUCGACCGGGCUACGGAGGCUACGUUGCAGCGGUUUAUUUUGCCCGAGUUUAUUUGGCGGUUCAAAAAAUGGUUCGGUUUGGGUAUGGAAGUUGUUUUAAGGCAGAGUGUAUCACACGUGGACAAGUAUUUGACAAAUAUCAUUAAUAUACGUAAGCAAGAGUUGACAGAUCCGCAGUUUAAUGGGACCCAUGAUGACUUGCUGUCUAGGUUUAUGAAGAAAAAGGAGUCCUACUCGGACAAAUUCCUUCAACAGGUGGCACUUAAUUUUAUCCUAGCUGGACGAGACACGUCCUCGGUGGCACUUAGCUGGUUUUUCUGGCUUGUCAGUAUUAAUCCACGUGUUGAGGAAAAAAUCCUCCUCGAAAUUUGCACUGUUCUCAUGGAGACACGUGGCAGCGAUGUUGCUAAGUGGACCGAUGAACCACUAGGGUUUGAAGAAGUUGACCGAUUGAUAUACGUAAAGGCUGCACUCUCCGAGACACUAAGGCUCUACCCUUCGGUCCCCGAGGACUCUAAGCAUGUCAUCGCCGAUGACGUGCUUCCUGACGGAACCUUCGUGCCAGCAGGUUCAGCCAUCACAUACUCAAUCUACUCAACCGGCCGCAUGAAGUUCACAUGGGGCGAGGAUUGUCUAGAGUUCAGGCCCGAAAGGUGGUUAUCAUCAGACGGUCAAAAGAUGGAGAUGCAAGACUCGUUUAAAUUCGUGUCAUUCAAUGCAGGCCCUAGGAUUUGCCUAGGAAAAGACUUAGCAUACCUACAAAUGAAGUCGAUUGUGGCGGCGGUGCUCCUCCGUCACCGGCUCAACGUGGCACGGGGCCACAAGGUAGAGCAAAAAAUGUCAUUAACCUUAUUCAUGAAGAAUGGGCUAGUGAUGGAUGUCCACCCAAGAGACUUGUCCCCAAUAGUUGCCAAAAUUAACCAAAAAGUUACAAGUACGGCAGAAUAAUUGAGGGGGUUAAAGUAAAAUUGGUUGGAGGCAACUAAAAUUGAUUAGCCUUAAAAGGUUGGUUAGAGCGAGGCUACUUUUGUUUGGGCAACGCAACUCUAGUUGGGGGGCGGAGACUCUGAAUACGAUGCCACAUUUAGAACAAAAGAUAAGCAUUAAAUACUGUUUGUUACAUUUGGUAUAUUUAUGAACCAAUAAAGCGAUAUUUACUUACUUUGAUUUACGACAACUAUUAUGGUAAUACUAAAUGAAUAUAUAUAUUUGUAUGUGUAACUUUCAUUUUAUAUCGACUUUAAUUUGUUACUAGC